AUGCUGCAAUUACAAUCUGUUUUUUCCCUUUCUCUUUUCACAGGCGUGGUGUCAAGUAACAGGUUGUUAUGAAUCCCGAGUGUGUUGGGUGUGUAAGGAUGCCAAACCAAACGCUGUUUCCUUACUUUAACCUCACCAUGUUCAUGAACAUCGGGCCAUACCGCUACCCGGCGUUGGCCUCAUUUUUCCUCCUCUACCUCUUCAUCGUGUGCGCCAACUUGGCCAUCGUGCUGACGAUCUGCCGCGAAAAGAACCUUCACGAGCCCAUGUACAUAUUCAUCGCCUGCUUGUCCUUCAACGCCCUGUACGGCUCCACGGGCUUCUUCCCCCGCUUCCUGCUGGACCUGGCGUCCGACACGCACCUGAUUUCGCGGGCCGCCUGCUUCACGCAGAUCUACUUCAUCUACACGUACGGAUGCAACGAGAUGACCACGCUGUGCGUCAUGGCCUACGAUCGCUUCCUGGCCGUGUGCCACCCGUUGCACUACCACAGCAGGAUGACGGUGAAAAAGGCCCUGACCCUGGUCGGUCUGGCCUGGCUCUUACCUCUCAUCUUUCUCACCACGCUUAUCUACCUGUCGGCAACGCUGCCCCUGUGCGGCAACGAGAUCCAGAAGGUGUUCUGCGCCAACUGGAAUGUCGUCAAGCUGUCGUGCGUGCCCACGGUGGUCAACAACGUGGUGGGCAUGUUCAUGAGCAUCUUUACCGUUUUCAUCCCGUUGGCCUUCGUCCUCUACACGUACACGCGCAUCAUGAACGCCGCGUGGAGACGAUCGGCCAAAUUCAAGGGCAGAGUAUUCCAGAGCUGUUUGCCACACAUGGUCUCCUUUAUCAUUUAUUCCAUCACUGCGUUUUGUGAUAUUGCGCUCAGCAGACAAAGUGCGGAGGAGAUGAACCCCUUCGUUGCCAUCAUGUUAUCUCUCGAGUUUGUGGUUAUUCCGCCGCUUCUCAAUCCCCUGGUGUACGGUAUGAAGCUAUCAUAUAUACGCAGGCACAUCUUCAAGAUGCUGUGAGAUCGUGCCGAAGAAUA